AUGCCGGUUUCCCUUUCGACGAAGAUCCUCGGGCUGUCCCUGAUGGCUGCCCUGGGACAGGCCCAGACAGUUAGCCUCAGCUUCGAUUAUGCCAACGACAAGGUUCGUGGUGUUAACCUCGGUGGCUGGCUCGUGUUGGAGCCUUGGAUCACUCCCUCGAUCUUCGACCAGGCUGGCGAUGGCGCCGUCGACGAAUGGUCUCUCUGCGCCACCCUCGGCCUCGACGAAUGCUAUGCGACUCUGCAGCAACACUGGUCGUCCUUCAUCACUGCGGAUGACUUUGCUCAAAUCGCCGCUGCGGGCAUGAACCAUGUCCGCAUCCCAGUCGGCUACUGGGCCGUUGGGAUCAUGGAAGGUGACCCGUAUGUCAAUGGUCAGCUGGACUACCUGGACCAGGCUGUUGGGUGGGCUCGCGCGGCCAACCUCAAAGUCAUUGUCGACCUGCACGGAGCUCCUGGAUCCCAGAACGGAUUCGACAACAGUGGAAAGCGUGGUCCCAUCAUGUGGCAACAGAAUGAGAACGUGGACGUCACGACGUAUGUUCUCAGUGAACUGGCAUCUCGGUAUAGCAACGAUGCCGACGUGGUCACGGCCAUUGAAGCUCUGAACGAGCCCAGCAUUCCCGGUGGUGUGAACGAGGACGGUCUGAAGCAGUACUACUACGACUCAUGGGGCGUAGCCCGCUCAGGUAGCCAGGACACCACCGUAGUCCUGCACGACGGGUUCAUGCCAACAGAGUCCUGGAACGGGUUCAUGAGCGAAUCGACCGGUGUCUGGUACGUGAUGAUGGACACGCACCACUAUGAAGUCUUCGACAAUACCCUGCUUGGCAUGGAUAUCAACACGCACGUCAGCACGGCCUGCAACUUCGUCAACGACCACGUCCUGACCAGCGACAAGUGGACCAUCGUUGGAGAGUGGACCGGCGCCAUGACCGACUGCGCCAAGUACCUGAACGGCAAGGGCAUCGGCGCCCGCUACGAUGGCACGUACCAAGGCAGCGCUCCCAUCGGCUCCUGCGAGGGUAAGUCUGAGGGCACCGUGUCUGCACUCUCGGCAGACGACCAGACCAACCUCCGCCGCUUCAUCGAAGCCCAGCUCGACGCCUAUGAGAAGGGUACCGGCUGGCUGUACUGGACCUGGAAGACCGAGGGCGCCCCAGAGUGGGAUAUGCAGCAGCAGCUUGCCGCCGGUGUCUUCCCCAACCCCGUUGACUCUCGCCAGUUCCCUGGCCAGUGUUAG